GAAGUCCACCGAGGGGGCGUGGCCGCCACACUAGAGAAUGGGGAGUUUGAGGCAGACCCACGUUUCAAUGAACUCACUCAUAUUCUGAGACGGUUAACUGCAGUGCUAUCCUUGUCUUUGUUUGAUCAUUGCUACUUUUUUUCUUUAAACAAUCCUUAAAAUGCCUCGUCCUUGUGCUAAAUGGGAAAGUGUCGGACAAAUAUGGACAUUUUCUUUAAGUUGAAUUAGCUUAAAAGACGAGAUAAAAGAUGAGUGGUCCUGAUCUACAACAAGUCAUCACUAUGAGCAACCACUCCAUGACAGGUAGGACCAUGGUGCCCACCAUACCAUCCAUCAUGUUUAUCUUCGGUGUGGUUGGCAAUCUUAUUGCUAUAGUGGUCUUGUGCAAAUCACGAAAAGAACAGAAAGAGACCACGUUUUACACCCUGGUUUGUGGCUUGGCGGUGACCGAUCUACUAGGGACCCUUCUGGCCAGUCCGGUCACUAUCGCCACUUAUGUCAAGGGGUCCUGGCCGGGGGGAGACGCGCUCUGCCAGUAUUUUGGAUUUACCAUGCUCUUCUUCUCGCUGGCGGGACUCAGCAUCAUAUGUGCAAUGUCGAUAGAAAGAUACAUCGCCAUCAACCACGCUUAUUUCUACAACGACUACGUUGACCAGAGACUGGCGGGGAUGACACUUGUUGCGAUCUACUUUUCCAAUGCAUUUUUCUGCGCGCUGCCAGGCAUGGGGUUCGGACAAAUAAAAAAGCAAUACCCUCAAACCUGGUGCUUCAUAGAGUGGCGGAGCAACGUGACCAGCGACGCCGCCUAUACCUACACCUACGCCGGGUUCAGCUCCGUUCUGAUUCUCGCCACCGUCAUCUGUAACGUGUUGGUGUGCGGGGCGCUGAUUCGGAUGCACCGGCGCUUCGUCCGCCGGAUGUCCCUAGGGACCGACAUUGCACGGAAUGUAUCGGUCGACCCAAGGAGGAGAAGCCGCAGCUUCGGACGCACGGCAGGUGUAGAAAUUCAGAUGGUUAUUCUGCUCAUAGGAACCUCGGUGGUGGUGCUGAUCUGCUCGAUUCCACUAGUUGCGCAGGUGUUCCUGAACCAGCUGUACAAGACCCCCGUGGAGCUGAAGCUCGACCAGAACCCGGACCUGCGCGCCAUCCGCUUCGCCUCCUUCAACCCCAUCCUUGACCCCUGGAUCUACAUCCUGCUGCGCAAGGCCGUGCUCCGCAAGCUCAUGGAGAAGAUCAAGUGCCUCUUCUGCAAGAUGGGCGCGCACGCCGGCCAGCGGCGGCGGCACGGCAACUUCCACUGCAUCGACGCCCACCAGCUCUCCUCGGUCCUCUCCAGCCGGGACUCCCACUCGCUGGUGUCCACCCGGGAACUCCAGACCGACACCACCGGCGGCGGCGGCGGCGGCGGCGGCAACCCUCUGGUGUUCCUGUACCUGCCGGGAGGCAGCGAGGUGUUCGCGGGGAGCAGUCACCUCACCGAGGUCUCCCGCUCCCGAAGCGCCUCGCGGGACGCGUCGCCCAGGAAUUCCCGGUGUUCACUUCCGUCGGCCGGGGGCGGCGACGCCGGGGUGGUCCACGGCGGAAAGGAAGGGACGGACCCCGUGGAGAGCCUCAGAGCGGCCCUGAUCGUCCUGCGGUCGCGGCCCAAGGACCAGUCGCUGCAGGUGUUGCUGGACAACGCCGCGGUGGACGAGAAGUGCAUCUGAGACUCUGCCCCCAGACCUCCGGAGGGGGAGAAGAGGCGUCUAGAGGAAAGACUCAUUUUGAAACGCAGAGAGUACUGCUCACUAGAGGUCAGCCUGGAGACAACACAGUGUUGUGUUUUGUUUUUGCAAUGGGACAACUACCUCCUAGAUAGGUCAGUGACUCUGUCUUCCUCUGGUGGUUUGCCCAUAAACACAAGUACAACCAGGCCUGCUGCUCCAUGGGCGUUGACUCAGGCCUAUGGAAAAUCUUCUUCAGGGCAACUUCUGGGUCUAUUAUUCUUGGAAACUUUGACUUUGUGAAGCACAUGGUGCCUGUUAUGUAGAAUGAGUGAUUCACAGACUGGAGUGGUAACUAUGGUAAAUUAUAAAGCCUUUAUUGAUAUUAUUCUUAUGAGUAAUCGCAGUGCGUGUGGAGUUGUAUUGACUUGUAGUUGGUGUGUCUGUGAGUGUCUGUCUGUGAUGAUACUAUACUUUUUGGAAUGUGGAAGCAGAUUGUGCAACCGUAUUACGGUUUUAUGACUAAUGUGCAGUGUAGCAUCAUCAAGCCCCUUCAGUUUGACAUGUAGGCCAACGUAUGUGUUGGUACUUUGGCCUGAGGUGUCAUGAUUUAGCGUAGGGUACAAUCAUCAUAACGGGAUUGUCAAACCACUGUUCAUGCCCCUCUGUCAAAGACAAGGUGGUGGAGAGAUCAGCUUUAGCUGUAUAAAUAGUAUUCUUCGCCAUUAGUUGUCAAAAUAUUCUUAGUAGGAGAGACUGUUUUUCUCCAAGAGAAUACAUUGAAACGGCAAAACAAGCUUGACAUGUUAUAAGGUAAAUAUGACAAUUCUAAAAGGAAAUAUAUACAUAUGAUCCACUUGCUAAAUGGAAUCAUUGAGUUAAAAGCACAGUUGUCAGAUUCCUUUGAAACAUCUGAAUAUUGUUAUUUUUCUUUAAUCAAAGAAAUAUAUAGCAUUGUAAGUGAUGUAACCUGUUGGGACUCUCAUAUCAAGUCAUAUAAUGUCAUUAAAGAGAUGCAGCUGCUACAAUGCCCAUAAAUAACAGGUUGAACUUUUGGACUGCGUUUGUUUGAGCUUUCAUGCCUAGAUGAACUCGUUCAUAUUCACAAUGCUACUUGUUAGCAAAGCGGUUUCAGUUGCCUGCUAACCAACCUCUCUCCCUUAUCAGGUUUGUAAGUGGUCUUUCAACCAGAAUAAAUUUCAAACUGUAACUGAAAUUAAGUUUAAACGCAUUGUAUUUUAUAUUAGGACUGAAUAAAGAAAAAACGUAUUCUCCUGUUGAUCUUGUUUCACCAAAAACAGACCAUUAGGGCUGUAUUAAUAAAGUGACCAAAUAAAUGUAUGUAUUCACAUGAGACUGA